UUAUGACAGUCACCCCCCUCCUCGGUAUAAAUACUUGUGUCAGGCUGCGUCUGAUGAGAAGAUCUAGUGUCACCCAGACUGAGCACUACACCAGCCCGGAGCACUGUGCCCUCUGCUGCAUCACAGAGGCAUGUACACCCGCAGAGCUGACAGACCCCGCAGAGUAAAGUCUUUUGACUCCAUGAGCAUAAGUUUUGAUGAUAACCAGAUAAACAAUGAGUUCACCAAGUCAAACUAUAUGAAGAGUGAAGACAACAAAGAAAACAAUGAAAACGUGGCUGAGAAAAGCCGAGCGUCCGUGAUAUUUUCCCUGAAAAACGAAGUUGGAGGACUUGUGAAGGCGUUGAAACUUUUUCAGGAAAAGCAUGUUAAUCUCAUUCACAUUGAAUCUCGAAAAUCCAAAAGAAGGAAUUCUGAAUUUGAAAUCUUCCUGGACUGCGACAGUAGCAGAGAGGAGCUGAAUGAGAUCUUCUCGCUGCUCCGGCCACAUGUCAAUCUGAUCAGCAUGAACCCGCCGGAAAACUUCAGCGUCGAAGAAGAUGAUAUGGAAAGCGUUGCUUGGUUUCCCACAAAAAUCUCUGAUCUGGAUAAAUGUGCAAACAGAGUGCUGAUGUAUGGAUCUGACCUGGAUGCAGAUCACCCCGGCUUCAAGGACAAUGUGUAUCGUAAGAGGAGGAAGUACUUUGCAGACACUGCCAUGAACUACAGAUAUGGGGAUCCAAUACCUCGUAUCGAAUUUACUGAAGAAGAGGUGAAGACUUGGGGCACAGUUUUUCGAGAACUGAAUAAAUUAUACCCAACCCAUGCCUGCCGAGAGUAUCUCAAGAACCUGCCUCUACUCUCCAAACACUGCGGAUAUCGGGAGGACAAUAUUCCCCAACUAGAAGACGUAUCAAGAUUUCUUAAAGAACGCACAGGAUUUACAAUCCGCCCUGUAGCUGGAUAUUUAUCUCCUAGAGACUUCUUGGCCGGCCUAGCGUUUCGUGUCUUUCACUGCACCCAAUAUGUCAGACACAGUUCUGACCCCCUGUAUACCCCUGAACCUGACACUUGCCAUGAGCUCCUUGGACACGUUCCUCUUCUGGCUGAACCCAGUUUUGCGCAGUUCUCUCAGGAAAUUGGGCUGGCAUCUUUAGGGGCAUCGGACGAAGCUGUUCAGAAACUGGCUACGUGCUACUUUUUCACAGUGGAAUUUGGUUUGUGCAAACAAGAAGGGAAACUUAAAGUAUAUGGGGCUGGACUGCUCUCUUCCAUAAGUGAACUCAAACACUCACUCUCAGGGAAUGCCAACGUAAAGCCUUUUGAUCCUAUGGUGACCUGCACUCAGGAGUGCAUCAUUACCACCUUCCAGGACAUCUACUUUUACUCAGAUAGUUUUGAAGAAGCCAAAGAAAAAAUGAGGGAGUUUGCAAAGACCAUCAAGCGCCCAUUUGGACUGAAAUACAAUCCGUACACCCAAAGCGUGCAGAUCCUCAAGGACACCCACAGCAUCACCAAUUUGGUGAGCGACUUGCGCCACGAACUAGAUAUUGUCAGCGACGCCCUCAAUAAGAUGAACAAGCAGCUCGGCGUUUGAUCGCCCGGAUCACGCAAGCCUGAUGAUCCGCACGGGCCGAUAUAUUUUGUGAUAAAUCUGCUUGUUUCGGGAUGUUAUCCUUGUAUGAAAAUUCUAUCCUAGCGCUUGAAUGUAUCGCGAUUGUCUAGAGAUUUAUUUUUGUAAAUGAAAGAGACAUGGAGGAAUGUGCAACUUCCUGAGAAGACUGCGGAUGGGAAACGCUCAUAGAUUUUCAUGUGGAGGUGUUAUCUGUCUUUAUUAGGUAUGAGGUGUAUGUCCUAUAUAGCUGUUGGUCUUCUGCUAUACUGCAUGUACAUAGACAAAUUGCAGCAAAUUAUCUAUUUGGAAUCCUUUAAAAGGGGUACUCCGGUGAAAAACAAUUUUUUUUUCAUUUCAACUGGCUCUAGAAAGUUAAACAGAUUUGUAAAUUACUUCUAUUAAAAAAUCUUAAUUCUUCCAGUGCUCAUCAGCUGCUGAAGUUGAGAUGUUCUUGUCUGUCUGACAACAGUGCUCUAUGCUGACACCUCUGUCUGUCUCAGGAACUGUCCAGAGUAGCAGCAAAUCCCCAUAGCAAACCUCUCCUGCUCUGGACAGUUCCUGACAUGGACAGAGGUGACAGCAGAGAGCACUGUGGUCAGACAGAAAAGAACGACUCAACUUCACCAGCUGAUAAGUACUGGUAGGAUUAAAAAAAAAAAUAAUAGAAGUAAUUUACAAAUUUUAACUUUCUGGAGCCAGUUGAUAUGAUUUAUUUUUUAUUUUUGAUGGAAUACCCCUUUAAGUCAGUGCUUUCCAACCAGGCUGCCUCCAGCUGUUGCAAAACUACAAUUCGGCUGUCCGGGCAUGCUGGGAGUUGUAGUUUUGCAACAGCUGGAGGCAGCCUGGUUGGGAAACACUUUUUUUUUAUUGUAUAAUCUAAAGUGCACCUCCACUUUUAUCUAUCGUCUGAUACAGAAAUGAUUGUGCCCUAUAGUAAAGCUAAGAAUGGGCCCCUCUUACUACUCAAAAUUCUGCUAAAUAAACUACAUCCACUGCCGAAGAUAGCCAAAAACAGUGCUCAGCUAUCUGUGGCAGCCCAAAGAGCAGGAUUGACCGCGGCUCUGUUCUAAUGGGGGUUCUCGAAAUCACUGGGGGGGGGGGGGGGGGUCCCCAAUAGUUUGAUCCCCAGCGGUCAUACACUUAUCCACAGUGUUGUUGGUGGGACAACCCCUUUAAAUGGAGUUGAAAUCCCCGUGAAGAAUCAAGUGGUACACAUUCCACAUAUGGCUUAGUGAUUUCUAUAAAUCCACGUUACGAUAAUAGGCCUUUCAUUUUUUUACAUCAGGUUCCUGCUAAUAAAAUCGGAAAUAUACUUUAUUUUUACAGAUUUUUUUUACCAGAUACGAAAAAAAAUAAAAAUAAAUUAUAAAUAAAAUUGCUUGCAAUACCAUGCCUGACCACACGGUGUGCUGUGAACACUGACUGAGCACAGAUCAAUAAUCAGGCGAAAAAUGUACAAUGCUCUACAGCGCCAGCUAGUGGUAUAAAGGUUGUAAAAGUGCAAUAGUUUACAUCUAUUAUUUCUCUACUAUUUUUCACAGGGACAAUUCUUUCGUAUAAAGUAUAAGACUGUGUCCUCCAGGUUGAAGACCAUUGAUAUAAGGCAGUGUUUUCAAACCAGCGCGCCUCCAGCUGUUGCAAAACUACAACUCCCAGCAUGCCCGGACAGCCUUCGGCUGUCCGGGCAUGCUGGGAGUUGUAGUUUUGCAACAGCUGGAGGCACGCUGGUUGUGAAAAGCUGGUAUAAACAUAUAGGGCAGUGUUGGUGCUGUUCUACUUUUAUUAUCUUAAUCCGGCUUAGCUGCUGAAUGUAUUCAUGACAAUGAUCUCUGCAACGUUGCAGCGUAUUACAUUAAGCCGGUUAGUGGUCACGUUCAUGUCCUGACUCACGUUGCGUGGUAUGAUAUUCCCGUACUUUAAAAUUUCAGAAAUAUUUAAAUUUCCUGUAUUACAGAAUGUGCUUUGCUGCCCCCUGGUGUUUAAUGGCGUCAGUCUUUUUUUGACUCUCCAGGUGAUAAGUUAACCCUUUCUCUCCGGCUUCAUAGUAAUCCCAUUGAUUGUUCACACGGUGCCUACAUAUCAAGUGUUAUUUUCACGGUCCAUUUUCUUACUAUGUAUAUUUUUUUGUCACAUUGUGUGUAUUUAGGGCUAUUUACUACAAUAAAAUAUAUCUAUAUACACAUCCCCGUGGUUUGUCCUUUUUCGUUUACGCCCUGUAAUGCCGUAUUAACAGAAUAUAUAU